AUGAGUGAUGAUGAGCUCUAUGAUGAAUUUGGUAAUUUUUUGGGUGGAGAAAGUGUUAAGAGGGAGGAUGAGGAAGGAUUAGUUCUUCACGCAGCAAGAUCGGAGCAGGUUGGUGAAAAUUUAGAAGAGCUUCCAUCAGUUUCAACUUCACUGAUUAAAACCGACUUGCAAAGUGCGUACGGUGAUGAGGUAGAAGUUUUGGUCGAGACCCAAGACACACAAGCAGUGGAUGAGCCUCUGGUGGAAGUUCAAGCGGAUCAUACGAAGGCCCCUGGUGAUUCAAUCUUCAUUCAAUUAAAGAAGAAUGUACCCACGACAGUUUAUGAUAGAGACUAUAUGCUAGGAUUAUUGAAGAUUCCUGAGAGGAUAAGAAAUGUCGCCGUGAUAGGACCAUUUAAUUCCGGUAAGACAUCACUGGUCGAUUUAUUCGUGAUAGAAUCACACAAGAAUCUGCCGCAUUUGACAACUAAUAUAAGAGAAGGAUGGAAACAACUGCGAUAUAUGGAUAGCACCCGAAUUGAAGUUGAGCGCGGUGUCUCUAUGAAGCUGAACGGGAUCACUUUUUUGUCAACCGACCUGGAAGAUAAAUCAUUUGCAAUAAAUCUUGUGGACGCUCCUGGACAUGUCAAUUUCAUCGAUCAGGUCGCUGUAGCCUUGGCUGCAUCUGACUGCGCUAUUAUCUGCAUCGAUGUGGUCGAAGGUGUCACAUCGCCCGUGGAAAACCUGAUUAAACAAUGCCAAAAGUCUUCAGUUGAACCACUUUUCGUGCUAAAUAAAAUUGAUAGGUUGAUUUUGGAAUUGAAAUUACCACCUGCGGAUGCCUAUCUCAAAAUAAAACAGGUAAUCGAACAGAUUAAUUCUUUUGCGAGAGGCCGUUAUAGUCCAGAACUCAAUAACAUCAUUUUUGCAUCCGCUAAGCUAGGGUUUACCUUCACGAUUGAACAAUUUGUCCAGUAUCAAUAUUCAGGAAAGCUUCCCUUGUCACAACUGAACGAGUUCUCCAAGAGAUUAUGGGGUGAUUUUUCCUUCAAAAAUGGAAAGCUUGAGCGAUCUGCAUCAUCUAGCACUGCUAUGUCAUCUUCCUUCGUUCAAUUCAUCCUCUUGCCGAUUUACAAGUUAUUCACACACACUCUCUCAAGCGAGCGAGACGCUCUCAAUGAGACCUUAUUGCAAAACUUUUCAGUCCAACUUGACCCAGAACUCCUGAAUUCUGAUCCUUUACCACUUUUGAAGCGGGUACUUUCAACAGUGUUCAGGGAUCAAAGUGGGCUGGUUCAGUCCCUGAGUAGAUGCGGCGAUUCAUCGAUCGCAUCUCAAAGGAAACACAUGAGUCUAACGAAUAUACGACUGGAUGAUCCGACCGGUCCUUUAGUGGCACAUGCAGUACAGACCAUUGACUAUGGCGGAACCGAGUGGUCUCUGGUAAGAAUUUACUCUGGAAAAAUUGUUUCUGGAGCAUUGAUUCGAGUAGUUGAUGCAAACGACGCACAGACGGAUACAACUGACGCUUCCGACAACCAACAAGGAAAUGUUGUUGAUUACCCACAAGCGACUGUCAAAGAAAUCGCACUGUUGGGCGGAAGGUACGUUUUCCCUGUAACGCAGGCAACUUCUGGACAGUUAGUCUUGGUCAAAGGGCUAUCAGAGUCAUAUAUUAAGUCUGCAACUCUUGCCAUGGAUUCUUUUCCCCGGAUCCCUUUUCUAGCGCCUCUCGAUUACAUUACUGAACCGGUUUUCAGAGUUGUCAUUGAGCCACUUCAACCUAAGGAGCUGCCAAAAUUGUUGAAUGGUCUAAAUAAAAUCUCCAGGUUCUAUCCAGGUGUUGUUGUUAAAGUUGAGGAAUCGGGCGAACAUGUUAUAUUAGGUUUUGGCGAAUUGUAUCUCGAUUCUCUGCUUUAUGACCUCAGAAGCAAUUAUGCAGGAAUGGAAAUCAAGUUAUCCAGUCCACUAACAGUCUUUUCUGAAAGCUGCGAUGGAGAGUCUUUUGCAGCCAUUCCUGCUACUACUGGCGAUGGCUCUUUAUCCAUAUGUAUAUCUGCCGAGCCAAUGGAUGAAAACCUGCUAAAGGACUUGAUGAAGGGCAAAAUUGAGAACUCGAUAAUCGAAGACCACAAAGCAUUAGCUAAACUUUUGCGUUCAGAGUAUGGCUGGGAUUCUUUAGCUGCGCGAAACGUUUGGUCCUUUCAAGGCAAUAAUGUCCUGAUUGAUGACACCUUACCUGAUGAAACGGAUAAAGAUCUUCUCAAUGCUUUCAAGCAACAAAUAAAGCAAGGAUUCGGCUGGGCUAUUCGUGAGGGUCCUUUGGCUGAGGAGCCUAUUCACGGUGUCCAGUUCAAGUUGUUGAACGCAGAAGGAUUUCAAGGACUAGGUAUUGGAGGUCAAUUAAUUCCCAUUGUCAAGAAAGCGUGUUCUAUAGCGAUCAUGACUGCAUCCCCUAUACUCUUGGAGCCAAUUUUUGAAGUUGAUAUUAUCUUCCAAUCUGUAUUACUCCCGAUCAUCGAAGAACUAUUCAAGAAACGUAGAGGUGGUAGAAUAUACAGGUGUGACAAGAUUGUUGCAACACCGCUUAGUGAAGUGAGGGCGCAAAUACCCGUCAUCGAGUCAGUAGGUUUUGAAACUGACUUAAGAUUAGCUACUCGUGGAGGUGCGAUGUGUCAACUUCACUUUUGGAACAAGAUAUGGCGAAAAGUUCCCGGAGAUGUUAUGGAUAAGGAUGCACCAAUACCCAAGUUGAAGCCAGCACCAAUCAAUAGCCUGAGUCGUGAUUUUGUCAUGAAAACCAGGCGCAGAAAAGGCAUAUCUAAUGAUGGCUUCAUGUCUAAUGAUGGACCAACAUUGGAGAAAUACAUUGACUCCGAGACCUAUAAACAAUUGAAAGAUAACGGAUUGGUCCAAUAA